AUGUGUCUGGUUUGCCGUUCUCCAGCCAGGAGCACCACGAAAAAAUCCGUGCGGGUUAAAGUAGUGAAGAAAAAAGUCUUGAAGAAGAAACCCAAGGCUUCGGCCCAGGGAGCAGCCACCGAGCAGCAGCCACAAUGUCCCCCGCUGGGGCUGGAGUCUCUGAGGGUGUCGGACUCGCAGCUACGAGCCUCCAGCAUCAAGCGCUACGGACUGGGUGCCCACCGGGGACGCCUCAAUAUACAGUCCGGGAUUCACGACGGUGACUUCUACGAUGGAGGCUGGUGUGCUGGCCACGAGGACCGGGACCAGUGGCUGGAGAUUGAUGCCCGGAGGCCGACCCGUUUCACCGGCGUCAUUACGCAGGGACUGAACUCCAUCUGGACGUACGACUGGGUGACGUCCUACAAAGUCCAGUUCAGUAACGACACUCACACCUGGCAGCCAGGCAGGAACGGGACGGAGGAGGUGGUGUUCCUGGGGAACAAGGACCCCGAGACGCCCGUGCUCAAUGCACUCCCCACCCCUGUGGUGGCGCGCUACAUCCGCAUCAACCCCCAGACCUGGUUUGAGAACGGCACCAUCUGCCUGAGGGCGGAGAUCCUGGGCUGCCCCUUGCCAGACCCCAACAACAUCUACUCCUGGGAGAACGAGCCGGUGCCGACCGACAAGCUGGACUUCAGCCAUCACAACUACAAGGAGAUGAGAAAGCUGAUGAAGAAGGUGAACGAGGAGUGCCCCAACAUCACCCGGGUCUACAGCAUCGGCAAGAGCUACCUGGGCCUGAAGAUGUACGUGAUGGAAAUCUCGGACAACCCCGGGCAGCAUGAGCUGGGGGAGCCAGAGUUCCGCUACGUGGCCGGGAUGCACGGGAACGAGGUGCUGGGCCGCGAGCUCCUGCUCAACUUGAUGCAGUACCUGUGCGGCGAGUACACCAGGGGCAACCCCCGUGUCGUCCGGCUGGUGAGCGAGACACGCAUCCACCUGCUGCCUUCCAUGAACCCCGAUGGCUACGAGACAGCCUACAAGCUGGGCUCGGAGCUGGCAGGCUGGGCCAUGGGCCGCUGGACCUACGAAGGCAUCGACCUCAACCACAACUUCGCCGACCUCAACACGGCCCUGUGGGACGCCGAAGACAACGAGCUGGUUCCUCACAAGUUCCCCAACCACUAUCUCCCCAUCCCGGAGUACUACACCUUCGCCAACGCCACGGUGGCCCCGGAGACCCGCGCCGUCAUCGACUGGAUGCAGAAGUUCCCCUUUGUGCUGAGCGCCAACCUGCAUGGGGGGGAGCUCGUGGUGACCUACCCCUACGACAUGACCCGCACCUACUGGAAGGCGCAGGAGCUGACGCCUACGCCCGACGACGCCGUCUUCCGCUGGCUCGCCACUGUCUAUGCCACCACCAACCUGGCCAUGGUGGACGCUGAGCGCCGCCUCUGCCACUACGAGGACUUCACCAGGGAGGGCAACAUCAUCAACGGCGCCCACUGGCACACGGUGCCAGGAAGUAUGAACGACUUCAGCUACCUGCACACAAACUGCUUUGAGGUCACUGUAGAGCUGUCCUGCGACAAAUUCCCGCACGAGUCCGAGCUGCCCAGGGAGUGGGAGAACAACAAGGAGUCCCUGCUGGUCUUCAUGGAGCAGGUCCGCCGGGGCAUUAAAGGGGUCGUUCGGGACAAGGACACCGAGCAGGGAAUUGCAGACGCCAUCAUUGCCGUAGACGGCAUCAACCACGACGUCAGAACAGCUUUCGAUGGCGACUACUGGCGCCUGCUGAACCCGGGCGAGUACGAGGUCACUGCCGCGGCCGAAGGCUACCACCCCGUCACCAGGACCUGCCGUGUCUCCUACGAGGACAACCCCACCCUCUGCGACUUCCAGCUCACCAAGACACCCAAGCAGCGGCUGCGUGAGAUCCUGGCCAAGGGGGGCAAGAUCCCCAAGGACCUGAUCCUCCGGCUCCGGCAGCUGCGGCUCCGCAAGCUGAGGGCUCAGCGGCAGGCCCGGUGAGAGGGGCUUAACCCCUUCUGGACUGUGUGGGGACAUAGAAGGAUGUGCUCUGUGCGACUCGUGGUCCCUCCCCCAUGCUCCCUAGUCUAGUGGCUUCUUGCUCCUCUGAGUUGUUUCACUUCUGAGCUCUGGCUCUGACUCGAGAGUCUGUAGCGGGGUGUGACUGCCAGCCCAGUGUCCUCUUGGGGCCUGUCCCUUCCUACCUCCUGCCCUGCCCUUCCUGCUCUCCAGCCCACAGCCCCAAGACCCUGUUUCUGAGCACCCAGAUGCUCUCAGUUCAGGGGGAGAGGUGCCUGGGCAUGGCAAGACAGCAGAAAUCAGUGGUGCAGACAAAGCUGGAGGCGUGUUUCCUCGGGGCACAAGCAGCUGACAGGCACCCGGGAUGGGCUUUGCCAGCGGAAGAGGACUUUGUAACACCUCAAAGAGCAGCUUUCCCCCAAGAGGAUCUCAGCGCGGCUGCUGUCAUCUUAGCCAGACCAGGGAGAUCGCUGUUCAGUGGGAUCCUGCAGGUCCCGGUCCAGCCACCCAACAGAGCCGUCUGCUAACUGGCUCCGUUCUGCUCCGCCUGGCUACCGCUUGGCAAAUCCCCCAGAAGGAAUCCUCGGGUGAAGGCUACCCAGAGGCAGCAGUAAGCACAAGGCAUUUGGACAGCAGGCCCCAGGGCGUGCGGAAGAAAGGGAAGAGCCUCAGGAAUGUGAGCUGGUCCUGGGCAGGGCCACGCAGAGGAUUCAGGGGGCCGGGGGCAAAGCGGGAGAGCUGCGGUGUUUGUACUCACCCUGCGGCGGUCUGGGUCUUUGGCAGCAUUUCAGCGGGGGGGCCC